GGAGGGGCGCCCAACAUGGCGGCGGCGGCGGCGGCCGGGGGCGCUCAAAAUGGCGGCCGGGGGCGGCCAAGAUGGCGGCGGGCGGCCGCCGGGUGUCCCGUCAGCGGAGGCGGCGGCCGACGGCCGGGCACCGGAGGGGGAGGUGAGGGCGGAGGGCGGAUCGCGCCGCCUCCAGGCGGGUCCAGCCUCAGCAGGAGGUGCCGGAGGAGGCGGACGGCGAUGCGGUUCCGCGGCGGGACGGCGCUGGCCGGGCUGCUGGUCGCGCUGUGUGUGUGGCUGCGGAUGCCGCGCCGCAGCGCCGCAGGAACAACAGAAGUGGUCUUUGGGAAGGUGGGAGGAAGCAUCCUCCUCUUGUGCCGCAAUGUCUCCAAAGAGGCCACUGAGGUGCUGUGGUUCCAAGGGGACCCGCGCUCUUUUCCCCCGCUCUUCUCCUCGAGGGUCGCCUUCCCCCCAGACGUCCGCUUCUCCCUGGUGGACAACAGCUCUCUGCGCAUCUCAGAGCUGCGGCUGCAGGACGAGGGCAACUACACUUGUAAGGAAGUGCUGAACAAGACAGACCACGAGCACAGAGUCCAGCUCCUGGUAGCCAAUCCACCACGUUCCACCCCGAAGUGCUGGGCUGAGAGCUCCUCCUCGGGGCUGAUGCUGCAGCUGUUUUGCAGUUGGCCUGGGGGGUAUCCCCACCCCACCCUGCACUGGCAAGAAGAGGGGCACGAUCUGCAGAACUCCAGCUGGCUCAUCAGCUCCACAAGCUCCUCAGACACCCACGUGGAAACACUGAACAGCUCCUACCUCUCCCACCGCAAGGUGUUCAAGUGUGUUGGGAGCCACGUUGUGAAGCAGGAGGAGCCUGCAUGCUCUGUGGAGAUAAAAGUCCCCUCGUUGGAAUUGGAGCCCCCAAAGACCUGUUUUGUGGGUGACAACGUGACCCUGACGUGCCGCGUGACCGAGAGCGUGCCUGCAGCAAGACUCACCUGGCUGCGGGGCAUCACCCAGCCAGAGAUCGAACCUGGAGGGAGGUACUUCAUUGCCCAGGAGGGCAACGUGUCCCACCUCACCAUCCAGAACUGCUCCCAGGGCAUCGACGGGGGCUGUUACAUCUGCAAAGCACAGAACCCCGUGGGGCUGCGGGAGGUGUUCGUCUGCCUGACGGUGAAGCAACCAACGUACAUAGUUGGAGUCGUGGGUGCGGUGGUGGUCCUGUCCCUGAUGGCUGUCCUCACCAUCUCUGGGGUUGUCUUGUACUACAAUCCUCUCUUGUGCCUCAGAGGUGCUGCAUUCAGGAGCCAGGACUCUGAUGACGUCUUAGUGCUGGUGGACUCGGAAGAUGAUGAUGAUGAUGAAAGGAACAGGGAAGAGAACACGGUGGGCAGCUCCAUCAAGCAGGAGGUGAUGGCGCUGGUCAAUGGAAACAGCAUCCAGGCUGCUUAUCUCAACUGCCCGACAGGUGACGAGGGCGAGCUGCACAGCGUGGUCCCUCUUCAGAAGACAAAUGGAGAAGAUGCACAAGGCACAUAACCUCCAUGCCUUGUUAUGGAAAUGCACAAAGCUCCAGCUGGAAGCCCAGCACCAAACGUCCUGGUUGCCUUGUGGCUGAGCACAGGCUGUUCGUGUCCUGCAGCCAUCUGGUUCAGCCAGAGCACCCCUCUUCCUUCUCCACUCCCCCAGCUUUCACUCCACCCUUCCAGCCUCGUUUCUCCCUUUCUUCUCUCUUUUCCUGUUCCUCUUUGUCUCAGAUACCCUUCUUAACAAGGUGGCACCAGCGCAGGAGCAGAGUUCAGCCAAUAGGUGCCAGUGGCCUGCUCAUCUCAGUGCAUGUCAGCCUUGGCUACGGUGUGGGGUUUCGGCUCAGUCACUGGCAGCAAUGCUAGAGCUGUGGGGAGCACAUGGAGAACGUUGCCUUGAGGCCACCAAGUGGCUGUGCCAGGAUGAUGGAAGAAGCAAUUGGAGGAUGGGGGGGAUGGGGUGGGGAUGCUGAC